AAUUGCAGCGUGGCAUAUUCUCCACUGCAAAUGUAUCUACGAUUAUCCCAUUCUUUCAGGCAGCCAAUGUCAAAAACAAGCCAUGAAGAUAUGCAGACUUAAAUUAGGAAUAGCGUUAUUAGCCAUUAUGCUCUUACACACGUGUCAACCAUCUACUAAGCUCCACCCUGUAAUCAUAGUUCCUGGAAGUGGCGGAAAUCAGCUGGAAGCUAGACUAACCAGUAGCUAUAAGCCCACCAGCCUACUGUGCAACCGUUGGUUUCCAUUAAUUAAGCAGAAGGAGGGGUGGUUUAGGCUAUGGUUCGACCCAAGCGUCAUGCUACCUCCAUUUACACACUGUUUGGCUGAUCGUUUGAUGCUCUAUUACCAUCAAGAUUUGGAUGAUUACUGCAAUGCCCCUGGGAUUGAGACCAGAGUCCCUCAUUUUGGCUCAACCGACUCACUUCUCUGCCUUGACCCUAAUCUCAAGGCUGUCACGGAAUACAUGGCACCACUAGUGCAAUCGCUACAAGAAAUUGGCUACAUUGAUGGUGAAUCACUCUUCGGAGCUCCGUAUGAUUUUCGAUACGGAUUAGCAGCAAAAGGUCAUCCAUGUAAGGUAGGUUCAAAGUUCUUACAAGAUCUAAAACAAGUAAUAGAAAAGGCAAGCAGUCAAAAUGGAGGAAAGCCAGUAAUAAUUCUGUCCCACAGUUUAGGAGGUCUAUUUGCACUUCAACUCCUCAACAGAAAUUCAAUUUCUUGGAGAAAAAAAUAUAUCAAACACUUUAUAGCACUUUCCGCCCCAUGGGGGGGAAGUGUUCAAUUAAUGCUUACUUUAGCUUCAGGCAAUACACUUGGUGUACCCUUUGUGGAUCCAUUGCUAGUAAGAGGAGAACAGAGAAGUUCAGAGACUAAUAUAUGGCUUUUACCAAACCCUAAAAUCUUCGGUACCAACGAACUGGUUACCACGCCAAAUGCGACUUAUUCGUCGUAUGAUAUUCCGCAAUUUCUUAACGAUAUUGGAUUUCCUGAAGGGGUUUAUCCUUAUGAAUCACGGAUUUUACCCUUAAUACUGGAGGAAGGGCUAAUUGCCCCGGAGGUUCCGAUUACGUGCAUAAUUGGGAGUGGAGUGGAGACGGCUGAGAGUUUGAUUUAUGGUGGAAAUAAUGGAUUUGAUGAGCAACCUACUGUUGUUAAUGGAGAUGGAGAUGGGACGGUGAACAUGGCUAGCUUGUUAGCAUUGGAGACGAUGUGGAGUAAUGGUAAGGAAAAUCAAGACCUUAAGGUGAUAAGGCUUCAUGGGGUUUCUCAUACAUCAAUACUCAAACAAGAUAUAGCACUUGAUGAAAUUAUUAGAGAGAUUUCGUGUAUUAAUUCUAAUGUCAUGAGCUCUGUUUUAUAAAUAUUUUCAUGCACAUCAUGUACUGGAGAAAUUAUUGUUUUUUCUUUGAGGAAACAGAAAUUAUUGUUUGGUUGUAUAAAAAUUAAGACUUAAAUAGCAA